GUCCCGCCUCACUCAUAGGGCGGUCCAGCAAGAUGGCGGCGCCCAGGAGCCGGUGAGAGGACGCGGGGUUCCCGGGGACAGCUGCACCGGUGCGUUAUGGCUGCGUCCCCGCACACCCUUUCCUCGCGCCUCCUCACAGGCUCGGUGGGAGGAUGUGUCUGGUAUCUAGAGAGAAGAGCUCUACGGGAGUUGCCCCACAGGGUCACGCAUCUGUUCAGGAGUGUCAACCAUCAGUGGGUUGUGGUCCAGCACUGGAGCUUCCUCAAGCGCAUGUAUGUCACACAGCUGCACAGAGGCCUUAGCCAGCGAGUCAAACCCAAGCCAGAACCUGCGGCUUCUCCGUUCCUUGAACACACGUCCUCAGGGCAGGCCAGGGCAGAGGUGGACGAGCUGCCAUCUCUCUCAGCACCCAGCCUGCCACUGUCCCCGAAGCCAAAUGAGGAGCUGAUGGCGAUGGAGGCCACCUCCGUAGUGGAACGUUCUCUAGACACAGCCAAAGAGACAAAGGAAGAAAAGCAGUGGAAAGAGAUGAAGCUUCACACUGACGAUCUGCCCGGCAUUUUGGCUCGACUGUCCAAGAUCAAACUCACAGCCCUCGUCGUGAGCACCACUUCAGCAGGCUUCGCGCUGGCUCCGGGCCCCUUCGACUGGCCCUGCUUCCUGCUUACUUCCCUUGGAACGGGCCUCGCCUCCUGUGCUGCCAACUCCAUCAACCAGUUUUUUGAGGUGCCAUUUGACUCGAACAUGAAUAGAACCAAAAACAGGCCUCUGGUUCGUGGACAGAUCAGCCCGCUGCUAGCUGUGUCUUUUGCUACCUGCUGUGCUGUGCCAGGAGUGGCCCUUCUGACCUGGGGAGUGAAUCCCCUCACAGGGGCUCUGGGGGUCUUCAACAUUUUCCUCUAUACCUGUUGUUACACACCGCUGAAGAGGAUCAGCAUCGCCAACACCUGGGUUGGAGCCGUGGUUGGAGCCAUCCCACCUGUCAUGGGCUGGACGGCGGCAACUGGAAGCCUUGAUGCUGGAGCACUUCUUCUGGGAGGGAUCCUGUACUCCUGGCAGUUCCCCCACUUCAACGCGCUGAGCUGGGGCCUCCGUGAAGACUACUCCCGAGGAGGCUACUGCAUGAUGUCGGUCACCCACCCAGCCCUCUGCCGGCGGGUGGCGCUGCGCCAUUGCCUGGCCCUGAUUGCUCUGUCGACUGCUGCCCCCGCCCUGGACAUCACCACGUGGGCCUUCCCCAUCAUCUCCCUCCCCAUCAACCUGUACAUUUCCUACCUCGGCUUCCGCUUCUACGUGGACGCAGACCGCCGGAGCUCGAGGAAACUGUUCUUCUGCAGCCUGUGGCACCUGCCCCUGCUCCUGUUGCUCAUGCUCACCUGUAAGCAGCGGCCACAUGGCGAGGGGGACAAGGGAGAGGCACCGAGCUGAAAGCUAGCUGGCGUGCGGGGAGCAUGAGAGCAGACACGUGCAGACAGACGCACAGCGCUGCCCAGUGCCAGUGGGAAGCAUACUGUGGUGAUUCUGGCAUGCAGAAGGAGAAAUGGAUGGAUGGGGGCAGCUGGGGGCAGAUCAACUGGUGCUGUGUCGUCCCUUAACGGUUCUUUUUAUAUUACUAUCCAAACUGCCUCCCAGAGGAGAAAGGGGCUGGCAGAGUGUGUUAAUACAAAGAGAAUGGUUUUCUCCUCGAAGGUCUUUAUGCAUCUUUCCCUCCAGCCCCAUGUUCUUCCGCCCACAUGAUGUACAUGCACAGCUUCCUCCUCCCGACACACACAUGCACACAUACUCACCACCUGAAGACCGCAGUGGCCAUUGGUCAAACAGGUGGGUGCUUGUAACCCAGCCUCUGUAGUUCUAGAUCCUGAGGCUGCCUCAGAAGAACACGUACUGUGGCUACGGCACCCCUUCUCUACCAUGGAGAUGGGGCCUGACUAGCUUUCUCCUCCCAGUGUUCUCAGCCACAUAUUCCCUCAAGUAACAGAACACCCAGCACAUGGGGAGUGAGGAUUCCAAACGGUUGCCUGCAGCAUCCCAGGCUGCACUGCCAGCCCUUCCCAUCACCUCCACCCCCACCCCUCAUCAGGACUUCAGAAACGCCUGGAAGUACAAAGUGUCUUCAUCACUCACUCACUUUGAAGUAUAGGCAUGGUCUGAGCUUUCUGGAAGGGUGGCACUUGACAUAAUCCCAGAACCCCCUCAGGCACCGAGCCCACCACAGUACCACUGUGGUUGUGCUGUGCCUGUCAGGAUUUUACUGAUGGCCUGCUUGGGACUGAAUGGCAGAGAGAGUAAGCUGGGCCAGUAGCCAGCCAUUCUGUGCCCAUUCUUAUCACUUUUGUGUAAACAGCAUCUCCACUCUGGUGCCUCCUGAGUCCAGAAAUUCACCUCUGUGUGUCCAGGGCUAUUCAAAGAGGGCCAGUUGGGCUCCUAGUGGCCAUGGGUCCAGUUCUGGGAAUUCAUGGCCUCUGAUACAAAAUGAAGUCAUCUAUAAGUUCUUGAGUCUUCUGUGUACUUCUCUAGGUCCACAGAGAGGCCUGUUGCCUUAAAGCUGUGGAGCCUGGCAGGUGGUUUGAGUUCCUCGGUCUCCCAGGAUGCUGUGCCCUGUCGGGAUUCCCUCAAGGGGUUUAAGCCACAUGAAAACAGUUCUUGAAUUUGGACUGUUCUCUCAAAAAUGUAGAAGGCUUGGGUUGUGGCCCAAAGGCAGAGUACUUGCUUAGCCAUGCUCUAGGCUGGAGGCUUGAUCUCAAGCACUCCCCACCCUAAAAAAAAAAAGAAAAGAAAGAAAAGAAAGAAAGAAAG